GCGAGUCGGCGAAAGCGGCGGGAAGUUCGUACUGGGCCGGAGGCGACGGGUCCGCGGCUCGCGUGGGAACAUCUCCCAGGCUGGCUCCGUAGACAUUGCUCAUUGAAAAUGCCUCGUGUAAAAGCAGCUCAAGGUGGAAGAAGACAGGGCCCUGCAAAGAGACAUCUUGCAGAACAGUUUGCAGCUGGAGAGGUGAUGACUGACAUGACGAAAAAGGAGUGGAAGCUAGGACUGCCCGUCGGCCAGGGUGGCUUCGGCUGCAUUUAUCUUGCUGACAAGAAUUCUUCAAAAUCGGUUGGCAGUGAUGCACCCUGUGUUGUGAAAGUGGAACCGAGUGACAAUGGACCUCUCUUUACGGAAUUAAAGUUCUAUCAACGAGCUGCUAAACCAGAGCUAAUUCAGAAGUGGAUUCGUACCCAUAAGCUGAAGUACCUGGGUGUUCCUAAGUACUGGGGGUCUGGCCUCCAUGAUAAAAAUGGAAAAAGUUACAGGUUUAUGAUAAUGGAUCGCUUUGGGAGUGACCUUCAGAAAAUAUAUGAAGCAAAUGCCAAAAGAUUUUCUCGGAAAACUGUCUUACAGCUAAGCUUAAGAAUUCUGGAUAUUCUGGAAUAUAUUCAUGAGCAUGAGUAUGUACAUGGAGAUAUCAAGGCCUCCAAUCUUCUUUUGAGCUACAAGAAUCCUGACCAGGUGUUCUUGGUAGAUUAUGGCCUUGCUUAUCGGUACUGCCCAGAAGGAAUUCACAAAGAAUACAAAGAAGACCCAAAGAGGUGCCACGAUGGCACCAUCGAGUUCACCAGCAUCGACGCACACAAUGGCGUGGCCCCAUCAAGACGUGGUGAUUUGGAAAUACUUGGUUACUGCAUGGUCCAGUGGCUUAGUGGCCGUCUUCCUUGGGAGGAUAAUUUGAAAGAUCCUAACUAUGUUAGAGAUUCCAAAAUUAGAUACAGAGAAAAUAUUGCGGGUUUGAUGGACAAAUGUUUUCCUGAGAAAAGCAAGCCAGGUGAAAUUGCUAAAUAUCUGGAAACAGUGAAAUUACUGGACUAUGCUGAAAAACCUCUUUAUCAGAAUUUACGCGACAUUCUUCUGCAAGGUCUGAAAGCCAUCGGAAGUAAGGAUGACGGCAAACUGGGCCUCAGCGUCGUGGAGAACGGAGGUUUGAGAGCAAAACCAGUAACAAAGCGAAAGAAAGAGGUGGAGGACACCGAGUGCAGUGUUGAAGACAUGGAGUGCUCAGAUGCGCAGACAGAGGCCGCCGCGCAGACUCGUUCAAAAACCAGAAAGAGAGUCCAGAAGUAAUGCAGUGUGAACCAGCUUCUUUCUUUUCUUUCACUUGACUUUUUCUAUUUUAAUUGUCUUAUAUUCAUGUGAGUCUUGUGGGGUAGGGAUAAAAAUGAAGUACCUGUGUCUUUGAAAACUGAACUUUUUUUUAUUAAAAUAAAUACUUUGUACAAUUUAAAAGCUAAUUUAUAAAAAUCCCCAAAUCUCGAUUGAUUUAGUUUUUAACCCCACCCCCACCCCCACCCCUGCACUGUAUGUGUUUGAAGCUCUGGAGUACAUGAGAAGUUCUGCUGGGCACUUUCCAUAGCUGUGUGUUCCAAGCGUGGAGGAGGGUGUGUGACCAGGCCCAACUUUCAAGAGUACACAAUGCUGAAAAUAAAGUCUUUUUGCUUGAUAUAAGCACGUGUAUGUUAUUGCUCUAAAGUUUGGUUUGUGAGUA